CGGUGCUCCUGGCCGCCGAAGUUCCCUUGUCCGAAAACGGCACUGUGCUGAAUCAAUGAGACUGUGACUUCCGAUACUUCCCGCAAAAACCCUAAACCCUAGUCGAUCAGUAUUUAGUACACCUUGAAUCAGAUAGCAUUUGCGUUUUUGUUCCCAGAGUCGUUAUGGCUUUCGCAGCAGUUCUGAAUGACAUUUCAGAUCAUUCUGAAAGUGAGGAUGAGGAGAUGGUAGGACCCGACGAGCUGGAAGGAGAAGAACUUGGAGAUGAUUCUGGGUCUGCUUCUGAAGAUGCCUCUGAGGACGAUAAUCCUCUUGCUAAUGAUAUCUUCCAAGAAAGUGACGAUGAAGCGGCAGGUACUGCAGAGUUAAGUCAAGACUCGGGUUCGGGUACGGACACUGAUUCAGAUUCUGAUGAUGAUAUUGAGAAAAAGUCAAGAGCUAUUGAUGAAGAAAGGGCGCGAGAAGAAGAAGAUGCAGAAGCUGAAAUGAAGCUCAAUAUUCAAGGAGAAUCUGAUGAGUUUAGAUUGCCGACCAAGGAGGAACUCGAGGAAGAGGCUCUACGUCCACCUGAUCUUCCAAAUCUUCAGAGAAGAAUCAAAGAGAUUGUUCGUGUUCUUUCCAAUUUUAAGGCUUUGAGAGAAGAAGGGUCAACAAGGAAGGAUUACAUUGACCAGCUCAAGAAAGAUAUAUGUUCAUACUAUGGUUACAAUGAGUUUCUUAUCGGGGCUUUGGUGGAGUUGUUCCCAGUUGUUGAACUGAUGGAAUUGAUUGAAGCCUUUGAAAAGCCACGGCCUAUAUGCUUAAGGACUAACACUUUGAAGACCCGCAGACGGGAUUUGGCUGAUGUUUUAAUAAACAGAGGAGUAAACCUAGAUCCUUUGAGUAAAUGGUCAAAGGUUGGGCUUGUUGUGUAUGAUUCUCAAGUACCAAUUGGUGCGACUCCGGAAUAUAUGGCUGGUUUCUAUAUGCUUCAAAGUGCUAGUUCUUUUCUGCCUGUGAUGGCCUUGGCUCCUCAAGAGAAGGAACGAGUUGUUGAUAUGGCAGCUGCACCUGGUGGUAAAACAACUUAUAUUGCUGCUCUUAUGAAGAAUACUGGAAUUAUUUUUGCAAAUGAAAUGAAGGUGCCCCGGCUUAAAUCACUUACUGCAAAUUUGCAUCGCAUGGGAGUGUCAAACACUGUAGUCUGUAACUAUGAUGGAAAGGAGCUCCCCAAGGUUUUGGGUCCCAAUUCUGUCGAUAGGGUGUUAUUGGAUGCCCCUUGCAGUGGUACUGGGGUUAUAUCUAAAGAUGAGUCUGUAAAAACCUCUAAAAAUCUGGAAGAUAUACAGAAAUGUACCCAUCUACAAAAGCAAUUGAUUCUUGCUGCCAUUGACAUGGUGGAUGCUAAUUCAAAAUCUGGGGGUUAUAUUGUUUAUUCCACAUGCUCCAUCAUGGUGGCAGAGAAUGAAGCAGUUGUUGACUAUGCUCUCAAAAAGAGGGAUGUUAAACUGGUGCCAUGUGGUCUUGAUUUUGGGCGUCCUGGGUACAUAAGGUUUAGGGAGCAGCGUUUCCACCCUUCAUUGGAAAAGACAAGGCGUUUCUAUCCUCAUGUUCACAAUAUGGAUGGGUUUUUUGUUGCGAAGUGUAAAGUGUGGUGGCCCAUUAGUCAGAUUGGCUCAAAAUUAUAUUCUUUGGACCUAUAUUUUGUAGUUGAAAAAAUGAGCAACUCAAAGCCAAGUGCAAAACCAUUAGAACCGGCUGAACAGGAGGAAGGUGCCGAGCUCGUGAAGGAAAAGGAGAUUACUACUAAUGGCAAAAAGCAAGAUGCAGAUGGCAAAAAGCAAGAUGCAGAUGCCAAAAGGCAAACUGCAGAUGCCAAGAAACAAACUGCAAAUGGCAAAAUACAGACUGCAAAUGCCAAGAAGCAAACUGCAAAUGGCAAAAUACAAACUGCAAAUGGGGAACAUGCGUCUGAAUCCAAGAAGAGGAAGAAAAGGCAAUUUCCAUCUAGAGAGGAAAUUUCCAAAGCCAGGGAAGAGAAGAGGAGAGCUUUAAGAGAAAAGAAAGGAAAGAAGGCAGGAAACAGAAAGUCUAAAAAUGGGGAUUGACUGACUAUAGGCAACAAGCAGAGCCGAGGUUGUUAUACAUGUUUCUGGAACAGAAAAAUCACUGGUACAAGACCCCAACAAGAUGUGUUUACCAGGCGCUUGCACGUCAUUAAAGCAUAUAUUGGAGCGUGCCCUGAUAAUGUCAGGGUUCAGUUUUGUAGUGUUGUCUUCCCUUUUUUUUUUUUUGGGUGCUGCCUACGGUAUCUUAUUUACAAUAUCAAAAUGUAUAUUGUAGGUUCAAGUGGUGCUCUGGUUUCACAUCUUUAUUCAAUGUUUCGAAUUUGCUGUAAUUUAAAAUUUUGAUUCGUCUUGAAAUAUUCUGUUGAGCUCCAAUUUAUUACUGUUAAUUUUAUGAGAUAUUCCUUUUAGAUUA